AUGGAUAGCUCUCUGAAACAGCCAAACUUUCUCUUCAUUCUCGCAGAUGAUCUAGGGUUCUCCGAUAUAGGCUGCUAUGGAUCCGAGAUACACACGCCAAAUAUUGAUGAGCUCGCAGCGCAAGGUGCAAGAAUGAUCAACCACCAUGCUGCAGCCGCUUGCUCGCCGACACGAGCAAUGCUACUGAGCGGGACAGAUGCCCAUCUCGGUGGACUAGGCACUCUGAUCGAAUUCAAGCAAAACGCGAAGGGCGCGGAGCGGUGGUCAGGCAAAGCCGGCUACGAGGGGUUUCUCAAUCGCGAUGUGGCUGUCUUGCCUGAGAUACUACAGGACAACGGAUACUUUACUGUGAUGUCUGGAAAGUGGCAUCUAGGUAUGCGGACGUCACAAGGCCCAUGGGAGCGCGGCUUCCAGAAGGCAUUUGCAAUGCUCCCUGGAUGCUGCAAUCAUUACGGAUGGGAGCCGGUUCAGGAGAAAUUCCCCAUUGGUGGACGACCUAUCCAUGCUGAGCUAGGGCAGAAAGUAGAUUUAACACCGAACAAGACCGAAGACCCUGAAGGUUUUUAUUCGACAGACUAUUAUACCAACCAGUUGAUUAAGUAUUUCGAAGAGCGAACGGAGGAUGAGAAGUCGAAACCAUUCUUCUCGUUCCUACCAUACACUGCGCCCCAUUGGCCUCUGCAGUGCUCCCGCGCACAGCGUGAUAAAUACAAGGGAGUCUAUGAUGAUGGCCCAUACGCCCUUCGUGAGCGCCGACUUGAGAAGCUCGUCGAAAUGGGCAUUAUCGACGAAGCGAUCGUUCCGCAUAAAGUAGAGACGAGUAAAGUAGGGGCCGAAGAAUGGGAUGCCUUCACCCCAGAAGAAAAAAAGCUCUCAAUCCGUGCGAUGGAGACAUACGCAGGCAUGGUCGACUCUAUCGAUGUGAAUAUUGGCAAAGUCAUCGAAUAUCUGAAGAUGACAGGCGAGUACGACAACACCUUUGUCGUUUUCAUGAGCGACAAUGGGGCAGAAGGAGCGGCAUUGGAAGCUGCCCCUGUCUUAGGUACAGAUAUCAAGUCUGCGAUCCACAAAUAUUAUGACAAUUCAUACGAGAACAUCGGUGCUUACAACUCAUACACGUGGUACGUCGCGCUGGCAAGUUAUGAAAGAAGAGCAGCUAACUGUAAUAGGCUUGGUCCUCUAUGGGCCCAGGCAUCGACCGCACCCUCGAGGCUCUUCAAAUGUUUCCCAUCCCAGGGAGGUAUUUUAGUUCCCUGUGUAAUCAAGCCUCCCGCAAGUAGCUUUCCCCAAUUAUCACCAGGCUCGUUAAGUCGAUCCUUUACAACGGUCAUGGAUUUUGUUCCCACAUUUCUUGAUUUGGCGGGUGUAUCUUUACCGCCACCGGUUACCAACGGCACUCGAGCGAUGACCAAAUUCCGCGACAGGGAUGUGCACGCCGUCCGAGGCACUUCGUGGGUACCAUUUUUCGAUCGUGGGGAAAGCGUUGAGGACAAUGUGAACUGGGCAAUUCAUUCUUCUUCAGAGCCUAUUGGAUGGGAGCUCUCUGCUCGUGGAGCAUUGCGCAAAGGUGACUGGAAGAUUGUGCAUUUUGCGAAGGCACAAGGAGGUGCUGGAGAGGGGGAUGAUGGAUGGGAAUUAUUUAAUAUCUCACGGGACCCGGGAGAGACGAAUGAUUUAGCGCAGGAAGAGCCAGAAAAGUUCCAGGAACUAUUAGAUUGCUGGGAUGAGUACGUGAUCGAGUGUGGGAUUGUUUGGGGGGAAAAGGCUGUGGCGCCAGGGUUGGGCGAAGAUGAAGCACCAGAGCUGUGGGAGGAUGAAAUGGAGCUGCAAAAGUGCUGGAUGGAGGCUCGUGGGGGAGCUCGGCCUAGUUGCUAG